GUCAAGAUCCCGAGGUUAUCGAACUGAAAAAGGAUCAGAGACUAAAAAAAUGGAAGAAGUUGAAGAGGAGGAUGAGAUGGAGGUAGGAUGGACACAGGUUGUGUGAGGACAGGGUUCAGAGGCUUCAAUUUCAGAAGCAGCACAUGAUGGAGAGCAUGAGAGAAGAGCAAUUAGGAAAAGCUCAAAGGGUGUAAGGGAUUUUAAGAGUUUAGAAUGAAUUAUCAGUGGGAUGAAUGAAAAUCAUCCUAAAGUACUGAAAACACUUGCAUUCUUCCAAAGAAAGCAUGGCAUUAUGCAUCAGUGUAAUAUUCUUUAACCGUAAAGUUUGACAUCGCAAACCAUCAAUUCUUGGACUACAAACUCAGACAUGUUUCAUAAGUUCAAGACAACAGCUGUGCUGUGAUUUCAGCCAUUACCGCCGCUCCCUAUAAGCAUACUACGCAGUCUGUGUAGGGCACCAUCUUACCCUAGGAGGGCACCAGAAAGUCCACCGGCUACCCUUACUCGCACGUUAUACGUUAUUCAAGGACCCUAAAGCAGUUGCGGAACACAGAUGAUUGCUUCGUGCUCAUAUCACACAUAUUGGUACUAGAAAAUCACUUGCUUUAUAUUUGGUUUGUUAAAUGAAGCUUAACAUUGUCUUUGUGUUUGUUUUUGAGUUGCCACAGUAUGCAAUAGACUGGCAUGUCUUAAGGUCAAUAUUAGGUCUAAAAUGGCAAAAAAGAAACGGCUUUCUCUAGAAACUCGUCAGUCAAUCAUUGUUUUGAGUAAUUUAAUUUUUGCUCUGUGAAGGUCCCUCCUCCCAAUUUUCCUUCUUGAUGUCUAACACACUACGAGAGAGAGUGGCUCGCCAGCCCCUGGGUACGCUAAAUGGUCCUCCACCAACUGCACUGCUUCAUCCAGCGACACCAGUUGGUCCCACUGGACACACUCCACUGUUCCUUUUGUUGUUUGCCAAUGAAUUGUUCCUUAGCCAGCAUCCACCUCCGGCAGAGAUCGCGGAGCUGUUGAAUGAAGGCAAAUGGUCAGCCUACUUCACUCAGUGUCAGGGUUCGGAACCACCAGCAAUGCUCUUUGGAGCUGCGGCUGACCCGCUACAGAAUUGUUUCUUCAGCUCAGGGUACCUCAGAAAGUUGUCGACCAGUAUUUGUUGGGCUGCAACUUGGACCUCCUCAGUCAAUAGCAGUAGGAAGUGGAGACUGCCCAUUGCACCUGCGCAUCAAAAAACCAGCAGUGAGAGACACACCAUCUCCAGCCAGUGCAGCGCUGACCACACCAGCAGUGAGAGACACACCAUCUCCAGCCAGUGCAGCGCUGACCACACCAGCAGUGAGAGACCCACCAUCUCCAGCCAGUGCAGCGCUGACCACACCAGCAGUGAGAGACACACCAUCUCCAGCCAGUGCAACGCUGAUCACACCAGCAGUGAGAGACACACCAUCUCCAGAAGAAGAUAUGCCUUACUAGGCAGCUGCUUGUCAACAGCAACUGCAUACCACUUUCUGUUCAAACUUUGAUUGACACCCCUGAAAAGUUCAUUUCAGUUUUUGAACCCAGUGUGUCCUAUUACAGCUGGUAGGGAAGUGUAAUGAUUGUGUGUGACACACAAUUAAACACAUGGCAUUCUCCCUGUGCCAAAUUGCGGCAUUCAUGUGUGCACAAAUACGUUGCCAAAUGGCACCUAUUUCAGACACAAUGUGAGCUGUUUCGAAAAGUCUUCAGGAGGUAAGAAUCACCACACAAAGCACCACAUGCACAGUCUCAGGAGGAGGAUUUCCAAGAAGACAGUCCUGUUUAUACUCCAAAAGUUCUUUGCAGUGUUGUCUGAAAAUUGCUUGCAUUUGUCUUAUCACAAUUCAGAAUUAACAUUUCAUGAUUCAGACCUGCUAACACUAUUUUUUGCAGGUCAUGAAGCCAAAAGAUAAUGUACAUUCUAUAUACAACCAAUCCAUAUGGGUUGGGUGAUGAGCAAUAUGUGAAAGUAUUCAGGUUGCAAAAAUAAAUAUAGAAGUGAAAAUGUUCAUGGUUCUAAAUUCAAGGUUUGCUGUUCAAGGUUUGCCAUUCAGAAUGUACCGUUCAAGAGUUUAAGAAGCUUUGCUAAUGGUUACUUGCAUGAUGUUCUGAUUUUGCAUGCUGUGACCGUUGUUACAAGAAAGACUCAAAUACUGGUGACUGCUGUGAAUUUGCAUGGAUUCAGAGCUUCAAACUGUUUGUGCCGCACAAUGUAUCUGCAUAUUACGAAUCAUUUUUAUUAUUGGUGUAUUUGUGUUGCAGAAAGAUGCAAAAAUUGCUCCUGGCACAUGGGAUGCUACUGAAAAACAAGGUUGGUUAUAAAGAAGUCCGCUAAAGUCUCAAAGUCUCAAACCCUUACACUUAAACUCAUGCUUCUACUUUUUUUAGGAUGUCCCCCAACAUAUUGGCGUUGUGGACUGUGGAGUCGUCAUUCAGAAGCAAUUUUUUAUUUAUGACCUUUAUAGAGAGAAUUUUCUUGUUUCUUUGUUGUUUUUCAGUAUGCUCUACAUCUUGUUUUGGGAGCACCCUUUGAUUCUUCAUUUGUAAGUAAUUACAGUUCACGUCAUUGACCUUUUAUGAUGUUGUAGCAGUUGAUAUUUCAAGAUUUCUCUAUAUUUUUGUCUUCCAAGCGACUUUCCAAACAUACGGAUAUGGUGGACUCUUAUUCUUCUGGAGAACUUUGGGGUUUUCUCUGAAAGGUAGAUACUGGACAUUGCUUCCAUCUCACCGUUACAUUUGCACCCCCUUCAGACCAAUUCUAAAUUAACCAAGAAAUGUAUGUUACUGUAGAGAAACCCUUCAAGAGGCCCUUCCAAGCAGUGAGGUGUGUCUCAAAUAUAGACACACACACACAUAUAUAUAUAUCUCAGUGUAUUUAUAUAUUUGCAAAUAUUACAUUUAUAAUAAAUAUUAAGAGGGAGAGGGGGCCUGGGAGUAUGCUACAUGUGUUUUGUGGAUCUGGAGAAGGCGUAUGACCGGGUCCCCCGGGAGAGACUGUGGGAGGUGCUGCAGGAGUACGGGGUGGGGGGUCCCUUCUUAGGGCGAUCAAAUCCCUGUAUGUCCAAAGCGAGAGCUGUGUCCGGGUCCUCGGCACGAAGUCGAGUUCAUUCCAUGUGGGGGUUGGUCUCCGCCAAGGCUGCGCUUUGUCACCAAUCCUGUUUGUGAUAUUCAUGGACAGGAUAUCGAGGCGUAGUCGGGCUGGGGAAGGGGUGCGGUUUGGUGGGCUGGGGAUCUCAUCGCUGCUUUUUGCAGAUGAUGUUGUCUUCAUGUCAUCAUCGGUCCGUGACCUUCAGCUCUCACUGGAUCGCUUGGCAGUCAAGUGUGAAGCGGCUGGGAUGAGGAUUAGCACCUCUAAAUCUGAGGCCAUGGUUCUCAGCAGGAAACCGAUGGAGUGCGUACUCCAGGUAGGGAAGGAGGUAUUGCCCCAAGUGAAGGAGUUCAAGUACCUCUGGGUCUUGUUCACGAGUGAGGUGACAAUGGAGCGGGAGGUUGGCCGGAGAAUCGGGGCAGCUGCCCCCGCGACCCGACUUCGGAUAAGCGGUUGAAGAUGGAUGGAUGGAUUAAAAUUAUUAUUACAUUAACAUUCUCUAAUGAAGGAGCUCCCAGUAAUCCGACACAUGACAGAAGCUGUGAAACGGCUCCAUUCCAACAGACGUCUGCUCAGGGGCCCAGUGGAAGAGCCUCUUUUCCUUACAAUGGAUGAAGAGGACAAGGAAUAGGCCCUCAAAAAUCUCCUGGAACAAUCAGAUGCUUCCAAAGAGCCCUUCACAUUACAUUUUGUGUUCAGGGAUGACAUGGAGUUAUUUUUGCAGGAAUGUUAUGAUAAAA